AGCCUGCUAGUUCCAGCACUUAUCUGCUCACGGAUGGAGACCUUGAGCCCUGGGGAUGACCGUGCCUCCCCAGCCUCACCCACUGGAAGCCUGGAUCUGCGGCUAUCUGCGCACGCCGACUCUGCCUAUAGCUCUUUCUCCGCGGCCUCAGGCGGCCCCGAGCCACGCACACCAUCACCCGGGCCCAGUCCGCUCCCUUACCUGGACUGGGACUACGUGCGAGUGGUGUGGGGCAGCCCGGGCCCCAGCCCUCCCGAUGCCGGCCUGCGCCCUGCCUCGCGGCCUCGACCCGCAGUUGCGGCGCGCAGUGGGCUGCGACCCCCGGAAGGGCAGGGGCCGCUAGGGCCUCUCAGCAGGCAGGCCACGCCGCUGCUGUAUGCACUGGCGGCCGAGGCGGAGGCCGCGGCGCGUGCGGUGGAGCCGCCCAGCCCACCGGCCUCGCGGGCCGCCUACCGCCAGCGUCUGCAGGGUGCGCAGCGGCGGGUGCUGCGGGAGACGUCCUUCCAGCGCAAGGAGCUGCGCAUGAGCCUGCCCGCCCGCCUGCGGCCCGCGGCCCCUGCACAGUCGCCCACUGCCCACUCGCGCUCCGCCUCGCUCAGCCACCCUGGUGGGGAGGCGGAGCGGCCACGCUGGCCAGCUCCCUCCACGCCGCGACCCGCCACUCCGGAGCGCCUUGCCAGCCAGCAGCGGAAGUGGUGCUUCUCGGAACCCGGGAAGCUGGAUCACCUGGGACGGGCCGGCGGGGCGUCCAGGGAGUGCUUAGGUGAGGCCCACCUCACUGGGCCUGAGCUGACUGCAUGCACUGGGCGACCCGAGGUGCAGCAAGAAGGUCCAGCUGAUUCGGGGUCCCAGAAGCUGGCCCUGGCCUACCGGCCUACUAGUCACAGUCGGAGUACUUCAGGCGAAGUCUUGGGUCCCUGGGGAGGUCCAGGAGGGACCAUGUCCGUCAUCCAGACUGUUCCCCCAGGAGCAGAAACCCCUAGGCUGCUGUCUCAGACUACAGUCUCCAGCUCGAAGAACCUUCCCAGUCACCAUGGUGGGUGCGAAGCCCCUGCCCCCAGGUUCUCCCCUCAGAAGGAGCCUGCAGCCACCUCUCCAGUGGAGGUGCGCCCCAGCAGCACUGCUGACUUGGAGACCUGCGCUGCAUCCUCCCAGCUCCCCUCCCUUCCCGAUGACGAGGUCUUCCUGGAGGAUGCCAUGCUCGUCAAAGUGACGUCACCUCUGGGCUACCACAGCCCUAAGCGGCUCUCAACCAGGGUUGGUGCCUCUGAUGAGCAGGAUGGAAGUGCCCUGGCGACAGCUCCCGCAGAGCAUUCCCUGCACCUGUGCCCAGAGCCUAUAAGAGCAGACGAGUCCCAGCAAGUGGUGAACUGCUCCAGGGACGUCCCCAGGACCACAGACGAUGGCACCACUGGGACUGCAAACGGUGACAUCUCAGCUGGUGACAUGCCUGAACUAUUGCCCCCGGAGCCCCCCGCAGCCGUGGGGAGUGAUCCCCUCAAGCCCUUCCCCACUGGCAGCCCCAGAGACGGUGAUUCCCAAAGGCCUCAUCAGCAGCAUGGUGCCCUAGCCUGGGCUAUUGACCGGCCUGGUUCUGGGCCCACAUGGCCCAAUCAGCGCCUCGAGGAGCUGGCUCAGGAGCUGGCCAGGCUGGAUCCCUCUCUGAGCGACACUCUGGCCUCCCAGCCCAGCCCCGAGCCACCCCUGGGCCUGCUGGAUGGGCUGAUCCCCGUGGCUGAGAUCUGGGCUGCCAUGAGGUCCACAGCUGGGGAGACUGAGCGGCAGGCUUCUGACUCAGGGUCCAAUCAAAUCUGCUUCAUGGAGCUCCUGCCAGCCUCCCAGCAGGAGGCACCACCUGUGCCUGACCAGCUCUGUGACCAGGCCCUACCUGCACCCCACAGCAGUGUUCAGGCCAAGAAAGCGGAGCUAGCUGACCUCCUCCAAAGCAUGCUUGAAGAACUUCGCGCCGAGCAGGAGCGGCUGCAGCAGGUGGCUGACCAGUGGGCCAGCAGCCAGGCGGCCCUGGAGGCCAUGGUGGGCCAGGCCUGUGCUCCUCGGGAGCUUGAGCGUUUCCGCCGGUUCAUGGCUGACCUGGAGCGUGUGCUGGGUCUGCUGCUGCUGCUGGGCAGUCGCCUGGCCCGCGUGCACUGUGCCCUGUCCCGUUCAGGCUCCAGUGGCGACCCUGAAGAGCAUGCCUCGGUGCUGCAGCGCCUGCGGCUCCUGCAGCGGCAGCAAGAGGAUGCCAAGGAGCUGAAGGACCACGUGGCACGGCGGGAGCGGGCCCUGCGUGAACUGCUACAGCAGGCACUGCCUGCUGAGCACCUGUGCUCCUACCGUGCCCUGCUGGCAGGCAAGGCUGCUGUGCUGGCCCAGCAGCGCAGCCUGGACGAGCGCAUCCGCUUCCUUCAGGACCAGCUGGAAGCCAUCGGGAGAGACCUUGGCCGUUGUCCCCUGUCUCCCAGACUGGCUUGGCUUUCUGGGACCUAUACUUGGGACCCACCGCCCUCCCCCCGGCCCCUGGUCUAG